GCAGUUUGCAAUGGCUCUUUGCUUGUUUGUCUUCGGCGCGGGAUCCUGCUUUAUUGGUGAGGAAGCCGAAGUAGAGUCACAGUGUAUUCCCUGCGCCGCUGGAGGAAUUUUAAUCAGCAAAACUGCAAGUAUUAAUUAAAGAAUGUUUUAUCUUCCCAGAAUUUGUUCGCCAUUGAGAGAGAAAACGAUAGGCUAAAACCAAAAGGAUUUUCUUUCUUCAAGAUAAAGUUUUCUCCUUUCCUGAUCUUUUCCCAUUCUUCGUUUUCAUUGGAAUGGUGCUGAGAGGUUAAAAUUUUAGUAAAAGAGAGGUUUUUUGGGCCUGUUGAACUUUUUCGGAGGUGAUUUUUCUCCUUCUGCCGGAUAAAGGUUGGAUUUUGCAUUUGGGUUUUGGUUAUUAGAUGGAGUUGGGUCGGAAAGGUGGCUCUGUUGUUUGCUAUCCUUACUGAGAUCAUGCAUUUCUCUUUUUGAUUCCGCCUCUCAGAAAGGAAAAGUUUGCUCUGUUUCUUUCUUCGGCAAGUUUAUUAGGUGGCGCGGGCCUUUAACCGGGAUUCCACCACAGUAAUCUGCAGCAUUUGGAGGAUUACUCUUGUGUUUUUGUUGUUGGAAUGGUCUUUUGAAUCCUGAAAGUUCAGCUAAAUAAAUAUGGAUGAGAGCAAGAUUUUCCGGGUCUUCUGUUCGUACUGGGUGCUAAGCUUGCUUCCACUGAUGCCUUGGUUAACAGUGACUUAUUCCUCUCUUUCACCUUCUGGUAUAAACUAUGAAGUUGUUGCAUUGAUGGCUAUAAAGACGGCACUGAAAGACCCAUAUAAUGUUCUAGAGAAUUGGGACAUAAACUCGGUGGAUCCUUGCAGCUGGAGGAUGGUCACCUGCUCCCCUGAUGGAUAUGUCACUGCUCUGGGCCUUCCUAGUCAAACCUUGUCUGGAACUUUAUCCCCUGGGAUUGGUAAUCUAACAAAUCUGCAAUCUGUGCUGCUGCAGAAUAAUGCAAUUUCAGGACAAAUUCCUCCUGUUUUUGGAAGGCUUGAGAAGCUUCAGACACUCGACCUCUCAAAUAACCGGUUUAACGGCAACAUACCGGGUUCCUUAGGAGAUCUGAAUAAUCUGAAUUACCUGCGACUAAACAACAACAGCCUAUCUGGACCCUGCCCAGAUUCAUUAUCUAACAUCAAAGGCCUCACUUUGCUGGAUCUUUCAUUCAACAAUCUCAGUGGUCCAUUACCAACAUUUUCAGCUAGGACAUUUAACAUUGUUGGAAAUCCUUUAAUAUGUGGGAAUAACUCUAUGAGCAACUGUUCUUCUGUGUCUUUGGGUCCAAUUUCAUAUCCUCCAGAUGAUCUAAAUGCUCAGUCACGGCGUGGAGGGGUGAGAAGUCGUCGAAUAAUCAUUGCCUUCGCCGCAAGUGUUGGGUCUCUCUUGAUUGUAGUUAUGGUGGUUGCUAUGAUUCUUUGGUGGCACUUUCGAUACCAUCAGCAAAUUUUCUUUGACUUAAAUGAGCAAUAUGAUCCGGAACUACAUUUUGGUCAUUUGAAGCGGUACUCGUUUAAGGAGCUUCGCUUAGCUACUAAUAAUUUCCAUUCGAGAAAUGUAUUGGGAAAAGGUGGGUAUGGAAUUGUUUACAAAGGAUAUCUACGUGAUGGAACAGUUGUUGCUGUUAAGAGACUAAAAGAUUAUAAUGCUCUUGGUGGAGAAGUCCAAUUUCAAACUGAAGUUGAAAUGAUCAGCUUAGCUCUCCAUCGGAAUCUGCUUAGGCUUUUUGGGUCCUGCACAACUGAGGAUGAGAGAUUGCUUGUCUACCCUUUUAUGCCCAAUGGAAGUGUCGCUUCUAAAUUAAGAGAACAUAUUCAUGGAAGGCCAAUUUUAGACUGGUCAAGGAGGAAAAGAAUAGCACUGGGAACUGCAAGAGGAUUGCUUUAUCUGCAUGAACAAUGCGACCCCAAAAUAAUUCACCGCGACGUAAAAGCUGCCAACAUUCUUCUUGAUGAAGAUUUCGAAGCAAUCGUAGGUGACUUCGGCCUGGCUAAGCUUCUUGAUCACCAGGAGUCUCAUGUUACAACAGCAGUGCGAGGCACCGUCGGCCACAUAGCUCCAGAAUAUUUGUCCACAGGCCAAUCAUCAGAAAAGACCGAUGUCUUCGGCUUCGGCAUUCUCCUUCUUGAGUUGAUUACUGGGCAAAAAGCAAUAGAAUUCGGACGAGCAACCACCCAGAAAGGUGUGAUGCUUCAUUGGGUGAAGAAACUCCAACAAGAAAAAAUACUAAGUAUGAUGGUGGAUAAAGACCUGAAGAACAACUAUGACAAGGUUGAGCUCGAGGAGAUGGUUCAGGUGGCUCUCCUUUGCACACAAUCGCAACCCGCGCACCGGCCGAAGAUGUCAGAAGUGGUGCGGAUGCUUGAAGGAGAUGGCCUCGCUGAGAGAUGGGAGGCUUCACAAAGGCUUGACACGCCAAAGUUUCGAUCUUUUGAAGAACCUCCACCGAAGUACAUGAACGUUGUUGAGUCUUCUUCACUUGAUAUCGAAGCGAUCGAGCUAUCUGGCCCCCGAUGACAGUUUGUAUAGGGAUUAAUGAUUUUCGCUAGUAACUUUUGUUUGAGAGAUUUGAUGGUUUUGGUAGAGGAAACAUAUUGUUUUUUUUGUUGAAUUCAGUUGCUUUGGUUUUAAAAUUAUUCUUGUCUUGUACAUAAAGGAAUUGAUAGAAAUGAAUUUUGACAAGUUGGUCU